UGGGCUUGGAGAGAAGUGGGUGCCAGCAGCCAGCCCUGCAAACGUCAUCCCUUUCUCCAUCAAAGGAAAAGAGGCACACACAAAUAUCGUCCUCUCACCCAGAUACAUUUAUACGUCCAGGCAACAGAGCAGCUAGCAACAUGCAGUGUGGCUUCCACUAUGACUGGUGCCUUCCCAGAGGUGCUUUCCAGUGGGAUUACUAAGAGAAAAGGGAACAGACGCUUGCCUCUGGGAUUGUGACUGGGAACAGAGCUCAAGAGGAAAACAUGACUAUGAUGUUUGCCUAUGGUAUGGAUAUUAGCAAAGGUUCUUUUGUUAUCCCAACAGUACUGCUACCACUCCAGAACGACAGCCUCUCUGAAACCUCUAUGUCUCUGGCAAGCCAUGAGAUGAGAGAUUUAUCCAAGGAACACAGAGCAGAGAGGAACAGUACUGUCUUGCAGUAUGAACUGAGACCAGGGGAAAUAGUAGUAGCCAGCAUGGUUUUUGGAGCAUUAUGGCUGUUCUCUGUCUUUGGAAAUUCCCUCGUUUGCUUAGUGAUCCACCGGAGUAGGAGGACUCAAUCUACCACCAACUACUUUGUGGUCUCCAUGGCUUGUGCUGAUCUCCUCAUUAGCCUGACGAGUGCUCCGUUUGUGCUGCUCCAGUUUACGUCUGGCAGGUGGACAUUGGGGAGCGUUAUGUGCAAGCUAGUGAGAUAUUUUCAGUAUCUCACCCCUGGUGUCCAGAUCUAUGUGCUGCUGUCUAUCUGCGUAGAUAGGUUCUACACAAUUGUCUACCCUUUGAGUUUCAAAGUGUCCAGAGAAAAAGCCAAGAAAAUGAUUGCAGCAUCUUGGAUCUUUGAUGCUGCUUUUGUGUCCCCAGCUUUCUUUUUCUAUGGCUCCAGUUGGGACAACCAUUGCAACUUUUUUCUCCCCUAUUCUUGGGAUGGAGCUGUCUACAGCAUCAUCCAUCUUUUGGUGAGUUUUUUGAUUCCAUCCAUUUUCAUCAUCCUAUUUUACCAAAAGGUCAUCAAGUACAUUUGGAGGAUAGGAACCGAUGGCAGAACAGUCAGGCGGACCAUGAAUAUAGUCCCAAGGACAAAAGUGAAAACCAUCAAGAUGUUCCUGAUGUUAAAUUUAGUAUUUCUGCUAUCAUGGCUCCCUUUUUAUGUGGUGCAGCUGUGGCACCCACAGGAGACAGACUACAGAAAGAGUUCUUUGGUUUUCAUGGCCAUCACUUGGAUAUCCUUUAGUUCGUCAGCUUCUAAGCCCACCCUGUACUCAGUGUAUAAUGCAAACUUCAGGAAAGGGAUGAAAGAAACAUUUUGCAUGUCCUCCAUGAAAUGUUACCGAAGCAAUGCAUACACCAUCACCACCAGUUCAAGGAUAGCCAAAAAAAAUUAUGUUGGAAUCUCAGAAAUCCCCGCACCAACCAAACCUGUAACCAAAGACUCAAUCUAUGAUUCAUUUGACAGAGAAGCAAAGGAAAAAAAGCUUGCUUGGCCUAUUAAUUCGAACCCACCAAAUACAUUUGUCUAAUUGAGUUGAAUAAUUAUUUUGCACCACUAGAUCAAAGAGCUUGAUCUCUUUUUUGAACAGACAUAUAUUUAAAUAUUUUUGCAUACAAUUUAAAGGGAGACAAAAUAUGCUUUAUUUUAUUAAAUGCAUUGAUUUUCUUGUAUACGGUAUUUUUUUUAUUUUAGUUACAUUCUGCUUUUUGGAACAAUUAUCCUACAACCAUGAACAGUCUUUUCAAAAAUCUCAUACUAUCUACAUGUAAAUAAAAUAAAAACUGCUUUUUACUACUGCAUGUUGACCACUCUGUAUAAACGUGUAAAGCCACUCAAGUCCAUAUAGACUAUUUUUUGGUUACUAUUCUAAUGAGAUGUUGUUGGAGUGUGUUUUUUCUCUUUGUGAAAACCUUGUGGGUGAGAUCUUCCGAAGUGUUCAGCUUAGCUUAACUUUGCUCCCAUGGAAGUUAAUGAUACAACUCACACUGACUUCAAGAGUAGAGUUAGCCCAGUGCUAAAUGCUUUUGAAUAUCCUCCUGCCUGUAUCUAAAAGGCUCCUGUUGCUUUUCAUGCCUAAGAAAAUCUCUCUUUUGUCUUGGGUGCAUUGGCUUCUUAAUAUUUCUAUGAGACAUUUCCCCCCAUCGCACACCGACACGUUGGUCUAUGAAAGAAAGGCAAACCAAGGUCUGCAUCCUUCAAACACUUACACGGGUGAGUGACUUUGCACAUGUGACUAGACUCACUGAGUUCAAUGGAACUGCUCACAUGUGUAAAGUUACUUGUGGAUCUGGGCUCAAGCACCAUGUGGUCCAGGGGAACUACCAUUUGGAUCAAGGUUUUGAAUAAGUAAAACCAAAACUAAAAUCAGAAAUUCACUGCACAUUAGUGCAAUAAAUUUGGGGGAGGGGGCGGGGCCAGAGUGUGGGUUUUUACUACAUCUUUGUGCAUCACCUUAUACAAUGGGGUUCAAUCCCUAACUGGAGUAUCUAGGACCUACCGUAAUACAAAUUACUAUUAGAGAGAUUAAAUUGCCAGACCCAAGCAUCCCUGGUGUUCACUGG